AUGGAUGAACUGGAACUACUGGUUGCAGUGAACAACACUGUGAAGAACAGCUGUAUCCUGCUCGUCACAGAGACCUGGCUUCACUCAUCCGUUCCAGACACAGCUGUCGAGCUAGCAGGCCGUACAUUACAUCGGCAUGACAGGACCAGGGACUCCGUGCAGAGCCUGCUCAGGGAGAGGAACACCACCUUCAGGUCUGGUGAUGGAGCAUUAUAUAGUGCUACCAGAGCCAAUCUGAAGAGAGGCAUCAGAGAGGCCAAAGCUGCUUACAGGAGGAGGAUAGAAGACUGCUUUCAGAGCAACAACUCCAGGCAGGUGUGGCAGGGGGUCCAGCAUAUCAUCAACUACAGAAACAGCAACUUCAUAGCUGAUGGUGACUCCUCAUUGGCAGAAGAGCUGAACCACUUCUUUGCCGACUUUGAGGUGGAGUCACAAGAGGCAGCCAUACUACACUCACAAGCCCACAACAGCCACACUCUCAUGGUGGAGGAGCAUGAGGUGAGGCGCACGCUGAGCGUGGUAAACGUGUGGAAAGCUGCAGGACCUGACGGCAUCUCAGGAUGGGUGCUGCAGGUCUGCAUGGAUCAGUUGGCUGGGGUCUUUACCAAGAUCUUCAAUCUGUCCCUGUCUCAGGCUGCCGUCCCACCCUGCUUAAAGUCCUCCAUAAUCUUCCCCCUCCUAAAGAAGAACACCAUUAGCAGCUUUAACGAUUACCAGCCAGUAGCACUUACACCUAUCAUUAUGACGCGUUUCGAGAAAAUGGUCCGAACUCAGAUUAUAUCAUACCUCUCGCCCAGUUGCACAGUAGGAGACAGGAAAGCGCUCCAGACAGUCGUCACUAUGGCCCAGAAUAUCAUCGGCUGCCCUCUCCCCUCUCUGGAGGAUCUGAAUUUCCAGUCUUCUGCUCUGUUUGAUGACUUUGUAGAAACUGAAGGAAUAAAAACAGAAAAUAGCCAAGGAGCCUCUGUCUCAGCAUGCAAGAAGGUUCUCUGCAGCAACAGUGUGUUAGGCACGUGCGAUUACUGGCUGAAGAACAACAAGGCACUCUGCAGAGUCAGUUUCCUCGAGGACCAGCAUGAUGGAGGCUAUACUAUCUGUUUUGUGAGUUUGGAUAUGAAUACAUCUGACCAUCAUGACAACAUCUGCCUCAAGAAGCUGGCAUCUGUGUCUCCUGAUCUGCCACGACUGGUUGAGGGUCUUGGUUCUUGGCCACUCAAAGAACAUGAAAUUCUGCUGCUGAAUGACCUGGAGUCACCUGAUACUUGCCCACAUGACCUCACCCACUCACAUAGCCAGAGAGGAGCUGAUGUGUGUGUGGUUCAGAAUGCUAGUGCAUGUCACCCAGUUAAGUCUGACAGCCUCGUCCUUCAGAUCAACAAGUUUUUGAUUGGUCUACAGUCUGGGCAAGAGAGGCAGCGUUAUUUUCGAUUGGCCAGUCAGCACGUCUGUGAUGAUGACACAAAUCGUUCUGUUUCAUCCAUCGAAGAGGAUUUCCUCACAGCUUCUGAAUAUCUGGGGGAAGAAAGUGAGGAUGAAAAAAAUGAUGCAGAUGGUGUAGUUUUAGUAGAAUCAACUGAAAUGGUGAAGACAGAACAAACUAAGAAGAACAUGGUGGAAAGAGAAGACAGUGAGGACUCAGAUACCCUUUGUGCUUCCUGCAAAUCCCACAAAGUUUCCAGGACUUCUUACAGACGUGACAAUAUCACUCCUAAAAAUAGGAAACAAACCAAGAAAGAGUCAAAUUACGCCUCCAGUCUUGCUGAAUCUGUUCUGCAGGAUGCUUUUGUCUAUCUUUCUCAAGACGAAUCAUCAUUUUCCACUGAGGCAGCAAUGUCUGUCUCCAACUCUCCAAAAAAAUCAGCUGAUGAGCCCACUAGAGCAAGAACACACUCCUUUGAACUUCCAAAAAUUGUGAUAGUCCAGAGUCCUGAUAACUGUGAUGAGCCAUCUGAAUGGCCCGGAACACAAUCCUUUGGUGCACCUGAAAGCCAGAAUGUACAAGAGACAGGAACUCACUUAUCUCACAGCUCACCAAUUAGGCACAGAGCUAAGCCAGUGGAGAUAGCUUUAGCAUGUGCUGCCAGCAUCAUUGGCACAAUCAGCAACCCACAGGUCACAAAGCAACUAGUACUAGAAUCGGGAAAUGAUGAGGAGAAGAAAGCUGAAGAAGAGGGCAGACAGACAGAGCAAAGAGACUAUUCAUUACCUUCUGCAAUAUGUGCCAUGUCCCAACUAGCAGGUGCAGUAGAUCCAGUAGGUGUAACUGAAGAUUCAUGUGAAUUGUCUGCAACAUCAAUGGGACUACUAUCAGCAGCUCAAGCUUCCACAGCCAUUACAUUACACUGUAAUGUGGCAGAAGGAUCUAGUAUGGAUACAUUUAGAUCCACCAUGGCUGAGAUUCUCUUGAAGGAAGCUUUAGAAGUCCUCAUCCACAAACAGAGCUACACCAGUAUAGCAAACUUUUUGGAGAGCACACAUAACAAGAUUGUAGAUGACAUUAUGCAUCCAAGAAGGUCCUAUCAGAACCAUCUGGUGGUGGAUGAUUUUACCCAAGAGUUGUCAGAGAGCAUGUUUAAAUAUGCAUUUGAGAAAGCUGUAAAAAGAAAAGAGCUUAGAGGGAAGGAUGCCCCCAACAUCCACUGCUUCCUCUUGGAGAGUGUGAACAGCUUGCUCUUUGAUGUUCUUUGUGCUACAUCAAGAAAAUUUGGUGACAUUUCAAAAUGUACCACAGAGUUAUCAGAUAGGAAAAAGAGUGAAGUCAAUGCAAAAGAAAAUGAGGCCACCACCAAGCCUGGAGGAGAAGCAAUAAGCCAAGUACAGCAUUUGACUGAAGUCAAACAUCCUGAAAAUACCAAUGAGGUAGAAAAGCUUUCUUUACUUACAGAAAAAAAAGAAAAAGAGCACUGUGUCAUGCAAGCAGAGAAAGAAAAUGAAUCAAAUGUGAAUGAGCCCACCAAACAUACUCAAAGCAGAACUACUGCUGCUACAAUCAGGGAAACUGAAGUCAGGCAACAGAUUUUCUCUUCGUCUACAGGAACAGUGGUGGUCUCUAAAAUUAAUCAAGGGGAGUCCAAGACUCCUGUUGCAUGUUUUGCUGAAGACUUGGCAACUACUGUGGUCUCUAUGGCUACAGAGCUGGCAGCAAUAUGUCUGGAAAAUUCAAGUGGCAAGCAACCCUGGUUUUGUGCCCUGAAGGCAGGAACUGAAGGGUCAGAAGGGCUCCUGUUGCCCUGCCACACAGUUGCACCUUUCUGGAGAAAAGAGACACAAAAUGGAGUGAUGAUUGCUAAAAAGCACCGUGCACCUCGCCUCAGUGAGAUCAAACGCAAAACUGAGGAGCAGCCUGAGCUCAUGGAGCGACUGGUGAACCGUGUAGUUGAUGAAACAGUCAAUCUUGAUGAUCCAGCAAUCUCAGAUCCUUUCACACUUUUUGCCUCAGAGGUCACAGACAGUAUAAUGAACUGUCCUGAACUGAACAUAGUGGACACCUCCAAACCAGGCCAGUCAUCUCGCAGCCGGCUGCAAUGUGAGAGAUGGAGCAGUCGUGGAAAAGCCUCCAGCUAUGAAAGUAUCCCAGAGGAAGAAGCAGAUCUUUCUGGAGCCCCCAAUACCCUAGAUCCAGGAAGCAGACUGGGUCACAACCUGAGUCGUGGAAGCUCAAUAUCUAAGCAGUCCAGCUGUGAGAGCAUUACUGAUGAAUUUUCUCGUUUCAUGGUGAACCAGAUGGAGACAGAAGGCAGAGGGUUUGACCUACUGCUGGACUAUUAUGCUGGUAAAAAUGCUAGCAGUAUCCUAGCAGCAGCUGUUCAACAGGUUACAAGUAAGAAAAAUGGUCACCUCAAUGUUCGGACAUCAGCUUGCCUGUCAAAACAGUCCAGCACAGAAAGCAUUACUGAGGAAUUUUAUCGCUACAUGCUCAAAGAUAUUGACAAGGAGAAUAAAGAUUAUGGGAUCACUAUGACCAAAGAUUGGCGCAACAGCCUUUUGCCUCCACCCUCCCGAACCCCCUUCUGCAUACGUCAGUCAUCUGUUCCGGACAGACGAUCAUCUGACUCAAGGCUAACCGUAAACUCUCCUAUUAAGGCCAACUCAUUUGAUGGAUUUGCCCGAAAUGUGCACAGUGAUGCUCUCAACAUUUAUCCAUCCAACUCUGUGUCAUCCACAGGAUUAUGUAAAUCCGAUUCCUGUUUGUACCAGCGUGGCCAGACAGACCAUAUUACAGACAUGCUCAUCCAUGAGACCUGGACCAGUUCUAUUGAGUCUCUGAUGCGUAAAAACAAAAUUAUAGCUGAACCCUUGGAGGACAGCACAGAACAGGACUCCUCUGAAUCUCAACCGCACGUCCAGCUUUUUGCUAACCGACUCGCCACAGACAUUGUUGAAAGCGGCAAGUCACUUAUUGGAUGCCAACAGGAGGUCAUGGCUAGUCAUGCUUCAGUUGGUAAGAGGAGGUGGGGUUGUAUGCAGUCCUGCUCAGGACUUGGCCAAAGCUGGUUCCAGCAAGAGAGUGCAAAUUGUGGACAGAAAGAGGUUCCUCUGAUCCACAUUGAGCCAGAUCAAAAAGAUGAAGAAUCUGAAGAUAUGGAUUACAAUAGUCACUUCAUCAGAAAUUCAAAUACCAAUGUUCGACCUCAAAGUAGCAGUGAAAAAGCAAUGUCUAUUCAGAACAGGGACAACAGCAACAGGACACCCACAGCACCCUCUACUUGUGUAGAAGGGGCAUGUCGCUCUCUCAGCACUAGCAGUGAGGAAAGUGGCUCAGGUGGUUGGGCUCAAGUUGCCCCUGAUGAAGACCCACAAGAGGAAAACACUUGUAGUUUUAUUCAUCUAAGUGAAGGAAAUGGUAACAGUAGUGCAUCUAGUCUUGGUGUUGCGGAUCUAGAGGGCUUUCCAGAAAGCUCCAGCUCCAUGGAGCAAAACAGUGAGGAGAGACUUGGGAUACUACAGAGUCAGGAACAAGUAGAUGAGGUGACCUCAGGUCUGUCCACAGCAGGAAGUAGUUGUCACAGAGAGCUGCAGGUGAUGAACUUUGACCUGGAAGUGGAAGGUGAGGAUAGAGAGAUGCGAGCGACACUGCAGUGGAUUGCGGCAUCUGAACUUGGUAUCCCUGCACUGUACUACAAAAAAACACUCCAGCACACACACACCAAGUUUCAGGAAGUGGUGCACAUGGCUGCUCAGAGAUCCUGGUGUGUUGGAGAUUUAUUCAGUCUAGUGUUGCAGUAUUGCCGACUCCACAGAAAUGGUGAAGAAGAGCUUAGUCUGUUCGACUGGCUUCUGAAAACACAGCACUAA